AAAGACUCGUGGCCUCUCUUUGCCUGAUGGUCGUCACAAGAACACCACGGGAGACUCGACAAAGGGGGCAGCAGCCUCACGAGAGGGCGCUCCAGAGUUGUGGAGAAGGCAUCGACGGUGCGGUCGUCGAGGGAGCGAGAUGGCCGCGGCUGCAGGGCGGCCGCCGUGCUUAUUCUGUCAGAUUGCACGGGGCUCCACCUCCACCGAUCUCCACUACGCCGAUGAGAUGGUUGUCGCGUUCCGUGACAUCAAUCCGUCCGCCGUCAGGCAUUAUCUGGUUAUACCUGUUGAGCACAUACCUACUGUCAAACAUCUUCAGAGAAAAACAGAAGAUUAUCAUUUAGUUAAUCACAUGUUGAACGUGGGGAAAACCCUUUUGGCCAGAGAUGCACCUGAAUCAAUGUGUUCUAGAUUUGGUUUCCAUCAGCCCCCAUUUAAUAGUGUUGAUCAUCUCCAUCUUCACUGUCUGGCAUUACCAUUCACACCAAGGUGGAGACAAGUGAAAUAUACAACUCUGGGUCCUUUCUGGGGGUUCAUAGAGGCUGAGAAAUUAUUGGACAAGAUAAGGCCAUUCUCGAAAGUGACCUCAUAGUUGUGACAUCAAAUCAUGUUAAAGGAGACUGUUUUGCUCACUUAUUUAUCUUUUAUUUUUUUUGGCAUUGAAUUCCUCUGCAAUAUGCAAUUGAUUUUAUCUGGUUAACUGUGCUGUCAAUUAUGAGCACUACACACAUAAAAGAAUCAUGUUAAAUUUGUUAUCUUAUUGGCAUUUCACUGUCAGUAUGCAAUCAAUUCUUUAUGAGUUAUAAUUUGAUUAUCUACUACUUUGACUUCUAGUAAAUUUUAUAUUUUUGCUCAGUUCUAGUACGGCCAACAUAGGAAUGUUUAUAUCUAAGUUGUUGACUAAACAACCUAGCCUUCUUUUCUUGCUUCUCAGUUGGCCUUCGUCAUACUGCACUUGCUUAAAUUCCAUUAUGUGCUUCUGAUAUGGACUGUUUAGUGUCUUGAGGUGGAAUCAUGAGUGCCUAGUUUCAGAAUGUGACCCUAAUGAUGUCUUGAUAUCAAUCUUUAUGAUGUGCAUGGAUUAGACUGUCUGAAAGCAUACUUUACUUCCUUGUUUUGAUAUUAGAAAUUAGAGUUAUUCCUACAUUUCAAUUUUCAUACUUUGUAUACUUCGGUUUAUCAAACAAUAAUUGUGAAUUAUUUUUUUAUUUGAUUAGAGAUUCAUCUACAGAGUCUACUUGGUCAAGCAAAGAGAGAGAAGCUUCCUUUACAUUUCUGAGUACAUUUAUUUACUCAGAUAAGCACUGUAGAUGUAGAUAGAAUUAAUUAGAAAUGUAAAUAUGAGAAAUAAGAAAAAACAUAAAUUUCAUAAAUGUUGAUAGAAUUAAAGAGAAAGACAAAUAUGAGGAAUUACCAAUUUAAAACUAUAUAUAUAUAAUUAUAAUUUUAAUAUGUAGUUUGUAUGUUAUUCUCUUGCUUGGGUGCAACUACUCUGGCUACUAUAUAUUCUCCUAAGCUUUAUCUGACUGCUCAUUUCCAUCUGUUAUUACUACUCUCCAGAGCUUAUUUUCUUGCAGCACUAGUCUGUGCCGACAGGUAUUGCUGCUUAAUAGUCGACCGCAGGAGAUGAAGUGAUACUUGGGGGCGUCGCCUUCUGCAGUAUGUUUGCUGUCAUCUUCUGCUACAGUCAUAUAUAUCUCUCUCUCUCUCUCUCCGUUAUGAGGAUCUUAGACUUUUAAUGCUUUAGGAUCUUUCAUGUAAAUACUUAAGUCGUAUAAAGAUGUAGAUUUGUGCCUAGAAGUCUUGGCGACAUUGUCUUCAACCCCGUGUCUCCAACACAGACAGCCACCAUAUUGUGUACGUGAUUAUUGAUGAUCAAUAUUUCAUUGUUAUUAUCCGUCAUGCCA